AGCCAACCCAACAACAUUGACUCUCUGUUUUGUUCUAUUUUGUGGCAUAAAACAAGAACCAAACCCUACCUCGUACCCGUGUUCUGUGUGUGCUUGUGUGAUAGUGGUGGUAGCUACCAUCUUCUCUCUGUGCUCCAACCUCUGAAUUUCAAAAUGGUGAAAGCAAGUGAGAGCGGUGCAGUUCCUGAGCCGGUUAUGGAUGCCGCCAACACCACUCUCUCCAACCUUCAACUACUCCGAACGCAUUUUAACGACUUUUUGUCGCUCUCCGACCCUCAAAUCCUUUCUCAAAUGCCCCCUCUUCAACGCGCUCACGCCCUCUUCAUCCUCGCUAAAAUCACCUCUACCCUUCUCGAAUUGAAUUUGAGGUGUAGUGGUGUCCACCCAGAUGAUCAUCCCAUCAAAUCAGAGCUCGACAGGAUGAGCUUGUACGAGGACAAACUGGAACGUAUGAUUGAUUUGAGUAAAGCUCCACUGCGACCUUCCACUACCUUGAAUUACCAGGCGGCUACACGCUUCAUAGAACACUCUCUACCUGACCUAACUUCUGAGCAGAGGCAAAAUAUGAGGAACAUAAGUAGAGGGGAGAGAACAAAGACAAACCUUCCGGGUCGGGCAGGUCAAAAGAGGAAAUAUCAGUCUUCUGAAAAACAAUCUGUUAAAGCAGCUGCCAAGGAUUUUUUGGAGAAAGCAGCCAGGGAGAUUCUUGGUGAUACCAGUGGCGGUAUUAAGGGACCGCUACAAGUUGACAUGUCAGAGGAUGAUGACAACAACCAGCCCUUAUCCUGAUUUUCCAGAAAUUUGGGUCUCCGUAUCCUAUAUAUAAACAUUAGCCAUGUUUUGGAGUCCACAUCGGAGUCAGUAUUUAAUAGCCUGGGGACAUCAUCAGGGCCUGGGGACAUCAUCGCCAUCCGCUGGUCUUGUUCACACCACUGAGACAAAAUACUAAAAUUUCAGAGACAAACCUCCUGUUGAUGGUGGCAGUGCAUGGACAUAUUGACAAACUCAAUAUAUUUGUUCCCUGCUUGUAGCAUUCAACCUAUAUGCUUAUCUGGCUUGACGAGCGUUGGAAAUGGGUCCUAUAAUUGGCACUUAAACUCUAGUAUAAGUGUUUCUUCAGAUGUAAUUAUAUUAAAUUCUCUUUAUUACUCUUAAAUGUAAUUGUCACUCGAAUCAAUAUAAAUAUGUGGUGUGUUGAGUGCUUUUCAUUCAAGCAACUCACCCGUGUAUUCUGUCUUGAGCCCUCCUGUUGGAGCUCAUUGUGCAGAAGACAAUAGAGUGUCUUGUGAGUUAAUGAAAAUUUUAGACUAGUUGGUUUAGGAUUUAGACUCAAAGUUUGAAUAUAAUUUGUGAUCGAUAUGUAAUUUAAAUCUCCAUUCAAUGAUAUGUGUGGUCUCCAAUGCAAAAAAAA